UAAAACAAUGAACAUGAGAAUAAUAAUAACAAUUGUUUGUGUUUGUAUGAGCGUGGCCGUUAUGGCACGUAGAGAAACAUCAUAUUACAGCAAGACAAAGCAAGCUAACCUAAAAGAGGAGAAAGUAACCCGCCUCCAGUUUUAUCUCCAUGAUAUUCUUAGUGGACAAGAUCCUAGCGCCGUAAGAAUCGCACAUGCCAAUCUCACAAACUCGCCGGUGGGCUUCGGAAGCCUCUUCGUGAUGGACGAUCCACUCACCAUCGGGCCGGAGAAAGAUUCAAAAGAGAUAGGGAACGGUCGUGGGAUGUACGUGUCCGGGAGCAAAGAUAUGAGCAAAUUCACGAUCGUGAUGUAUGCAGAUUUGGCGUUUACGAAGGGGAAAUACAAGGGGAGUUCGAUCAGCGUCUUUUCGAGGAAUCCGGUAGCAGAAGAAGCCGGGGAGAGAGAAGUCGCGAUUGUUGGUGGCCGUGGAAAGUUCAGAAUGGCUAAAGGUUUUGUCAAAAUAAAAACGCAUCAAAUUGAUAUGAAGACCGGUGAUGCUGUUCUCCGAUAUGAUGCUACCGUUUACCAUUAUUAAUCUCUCUCUCUCUCUAUAUAUAUAUUUUUAAACAAAUUUGGAAUUCAGAUUUUGAGUUUGAGAGGAAUCAAUAAUUGAAUAAAUAUGUUGCAAUCCUUCCUUCCAACUCCUAAAAGCAAAAGCUAUUUCAU